AUGAGGCGCGGGAAGCUAAAGAAUCAUAAGAUUUUUGGGGAAGAUGUGGCAGUUUUGGCUGGUGAUGUACUUUUUUUGUUUGCCUUUGAGUACGUGUCCAUUGCCACAAAAAGUGUGCCUUUUGAGAGGAUUGUGAGGGUGAUUGGUGAAUUGGCUGAGUGUGUCGAUGCUGAAGGAUUAAUUGGCGGCCAGGUUGCUGAUAUAUGUUCUGAAGAGAAUUCCGAUGUUGGAUUGGACCAGUUGGAGUUCAUUCACAUACACAAAACUACUGCUUUAAAGGACGGAUCAGUGGUUUCGGGGCUGUUUUGGGUGGUGCAAAUGAUCAAGAAAUUGCUAGAUUGA